AUCCCAGUUUAUGCCACGCACCACGUACAUAGUACAUACCUCAAGACAUAUACACACCCUGAAUAGAGAAUACCACCAUGUCCAAUUUACCAUCGGAGCCUGAGUUCGAGCAGGCCUAUAAAGAACUCGCGUCAACCCUCGAAAACUCAUCUCUCUUUCAGAAACACCCCGAAUAUCGCAAGGCUCUCAAAGUCGCUUCUAUCCCGGAACGGGUGAUUCAGUUCCGUGUGGUUUGGGAGGAUGACAAGGGCGAGCUUCAAGUCAACCGCGGUUACCGUGUCCAAUUCAACUCCGCUCUAGGUCCAUACAAGGGCGGUCUCAGAUUCCACCCCAGUGUCAAUUUGUCCAUUCUGAAAUUCCUUGGUUUUGAGCAAAUCUUUAAAAAUGCUUUGACUGGAUUAAAUAUGGGCGGUGGCAAAGGAGGUGCCGACUUUGACCCUAAGGGCAAAUCGGACAAUGAAAUCCGGAAAUUCUGCGUGGGGUUCAUGACUGAGCUGUCGCGCCAUAUUGGCGCUGAUACUGAUGUCCCCGCUGGAGAUAUUGGUGUCUCUGGACGGGAGAUUGGAUAUUUGUUCGGCCAGUACAAGAAGAUUCGUAACCAGUGGGAAGGUGUUCUUACUGGUAAAGGGCUCUCCUGGGGAGGAAGUUUGAUUCGUCCUGAAGCCACGGGAUACGGCCUCGUUUAUUACGUCCAACACAUGAUCCAACACGCCAGCAAAGGCAGGGAAUCCUUUGAAGGAAAGCGAGUGGUUGUCUCUGGCUCAGGCAACGUCGCCCAAUACGCAGCUUUGAAAGUUAUCGAGCUAGGUGGAACAGUCCUCUCUCUAUCAGACAGCCAGGGAUCUUUGGUCAUUGCCAACGGCACUGAUGGCUUCACCCCCGAGGAAAUCCAUGCCAUUGCUGAACUCAAAGUUGCCCGCAGACAACUGAGUUCAAUCUUCUCUUCUGACUCCGCAGAAGCUAAACUGUUCAGCGCCGAAAAGUUCAAAUACAUUGAAAACGUUCGUCCAUGGCUACACGUUGGAAACGUGGAUGUUGCCUUACCAUGCGCCACACAGAAUGAAAUCUCCGGUGAAGAAGCAAAGGGAUUAAUUGCCGCUGGCGUCAAAUUCGUUGCUGAGGGAUCAAACAUGGGAUCUACCCAAGAGGCUAUUGAUAUUUUCGAAGCUGACCGAACUUCCAAGAGCAAUGCUGAGAGUAUAUGGUACGCUCCUGGAAAGGCAGCUAACCUCGGCGGCGUAGCUGUCUCUGGUCUUGAGAUGGCUCAAAACUCUGCUCGACUGAGCUGGACUCGGGAAGAGGUUGAUGCUAAGCUCAAGGAUAUCAUGAAGGCGUCGUUUGAAAAUGGAUUAGAGACUGCCAGGGAGUUUGUGCCGUCGUCUGGUGAGAAUGAGUUGCCUUCUCUUGUGGCAGGAAGUAAUAUUGCGGGUUUUAUGAAGGUAGCAGCCGCCAUGAAGGAUCAGGGAGAUUGGUGGUAGUCUGGAUUAUUUUAUGUAUAAAUGGUGGUUGGGUUAUUUAUGGUUAGAUUGAAUAGAUUUGUCACUUUUCACCUCGUCUUGCUUUAGGUAUUUACGAAAUGUUAUGACUGCCACGGGACAU